AUGGCGGUUCUUUUGACUCCGCGGUUCCGUAGCCUUGGCAGCCAGAGCCAGCUUCCCGGCCCAGGGCGGAGCGUGUCGAGUUUCGUGAGCCCUAGAGAUGUUUUCUGCCGGAAAAGGAGGACAGGAUGCUCUGGUCCUUUUCAAGCUACUCAGCUAUGGGAUGGUAUUAUUCACUCCCUUCAGACUCAAGUGGAAAUAAAAAGAAGGAGGCAUCAUUUACGAACAUACAAAGACUGUUUUACUGGUUCUGAUGCUGUUGAUGUAGUACUAAGUCAUCUUAUGCAAAAUAUGUGCCUGAGUAGUAAUGAUAUCUCUCGUCUUAAAGGAGUUCGUCUUUGUCAAGUUCUAAUGAACCAUAAAGUAUUUGAACCAGUAGGAAUGAAGCUAUUCAAAAAUGAAAAGGAAUUGGAAUUUGAGGAUUCAAACAAUAGUCUCUACAGGUUUCUAGGAAAUAAAUCAUCUUAUGUUUUUUGCAAAAGAAAAAAGGAUUCUGAGACUGGGUUAAAUGAUGAAAUAAAAGCAAAGGAAUCUUUAAGACCAGAAGGCAAAGUGAUUUCAAAUCCUCUAGCACAAGAGAUUGGUGAGGAAAGAAUUGAGGAACUUAUUGAUACAAUGAGUGGGACUCUGGCUUUACCUCCAAACAUCACAGUUGACAAACCUGUUCUUCCACUUUCAAAAGAAGAAGUAGUAAACUCAGAUGCCUUUAGGAGCCAGGCAGAUUGGAGAGCAGCUGUGGAAGAUGUUUGGAAACAACAAACAUUGCUACGUAUGCUUCAACUGAUUCACAUUCCAUUCUUAGAAAAUAUUUUGGAGCCUCCAGUUAAAACACAAAAUCUCCAAUUAAGUAAAGAGGAAGAUCUUGUUAUCUCGAACACUUGCCUCGACAGAGAGGUUAUUCCAAGCUUAUGUCUACUUGAGAUUGAUAACUGGCUUAAUGCAGCAAUUGAAUGCUUGGAAUAUUUCCCUGACCCGUUAAUAGUUACUGUCAGCGAGCAGUUAGUACAAAACAGAAAUGAAGAGACAAGAUUGAAUACACAGAAGAAGUUACUCUUUGAUGUCAUAGUAAAAUUUUAUAAUCAAGAGAGAGAUUGCUUAUUAACUGAUGAGUAUUUUGAUAUUCAUUCAGGAAUUAUUGAACUUUUAGAAAAUGAGAAAAGAACAGAAGCACUUGAAGCAACACAACUAUAUCUAAGAUUGUUGUUGCCCAAUGUUAGAGAAGAAUUACGACGGCUACUCACUUUUAUGGCGAUUGCAUCAGAACCCAAUGCCUACAAAUUACAAAAACAGUUUGAUAACAAAACGGUGGUCCUGAGAACUCUUGCCAAAGCAGUUUUGCAAUCCAAAUCAUUAUUAAGAGUACGGGCAGAACAACUAGUCUUGUUUCUACUGGAGUUCCACUCUGAGCUCUUCAAGACACCGGUUACUUUAUUGGAUCUGGUUAGUAAGAAACUUAAGAAGCUUCUACAUGGAGAAGAUCCAGAUGCUAUAUCAGGUUUCACAUUUUGUCAACGCUUGACAUACAAGGAGUUUGAAAAACAAAAGGAAAGGACAAGCCAAUAUCUUCACCAGUUGGCUCUUGAGAUUAAUAGUAACCCCAGCAUAUCUUUGCAACGAAAAAAGAAAUUAAUUAAGGAAUUGCAAAAACACCAUCCAGAAGCUUUGCAUUAACAUUUCUGGGAGAAGAAAUUAUAAUUUGUCAAUAUAAAGAACUCCUAUGGUGGUUUUCUCAAACUGCCAUACUUAACACUUCAGAGAUAGGAUAGCCUCUAAGCAUUGUAAGUGUAAUCAUGCUUAAAAUAUGUGGGGACUUCCCUGGUGGCGCAGUGGUUAAGAAUCUGCCUGCCAAUGCAGGGGACAUGGGUUCAAGCCCUUGUCUGGGAAGAUCCCACAUCCCGUGGAGCAACUAAGCCCAUGUGCCACAACUACUGAGCUCACAUGCCACAACUAUUGAACCCCGCACUCCUAGAGCCAAUGCUGUGCAACAAGAGAAACCACUGC